UGCAUCCUUUUUCGCUCCGCCAUUUUCCUUAGCUGGCGUCACAGGGAGGGGAAGCGUAGAAAUCCAGUAUAUGUGCUUUUAAAGUGACUUUUGGAAGCGCAAGAAUCGUAAAUAUCAAGUUUGCUAGUUCAGUUUAAAUUUUCAAAGCACUCAUUUGCGUAAGAAAAUGUCUAACGAGCAGGCAGAAGUUACUACAGAGAAAGCAGGCCAGCAGCAGCAGCAGUCGACGCCGCCGCCGCCGCAGCAGCCAGCUCCGCAGCAGGGUGAAAUUAAUGGAAAAGCCAAGAAUGAAUCCAAUGCCAGCAGGAAGGAGAGGCCCCAGAAGAGAGGAGGAGGUGGCCGCUAUGAGCCCUAUGGAAAUGCAAACAAAAGAUACCGUGUUUUUGUCAGCAACAUCCCAUAUGAUGUGAAAUGGCAAGCACUCAAAGACCUGAUGAAAGAAAAAGUGGGUGAGGUAACGUACGUGGAACACUUAAUGGACGCAGAAGGCAAAUCGAGGGGUUGUGCUGUCGUUGAGUUUAGGACUGAGGAACUAAUGAAGAAAGCAGUGGAGAAGGUCAACAAGCACAACCUCAAUGGACGACCCCUAAAAGUAAAAGAGGACCCUGAUGGUGUGAUUUGCCAGAGGGAAAUGAACAAGGGUCAAGGCGGAGGUCCUCCAGGAGGCCAUGGCGGAAUGGGAGGCAUGGGGGGAAUGGGAGGAAUGGGAGGCAUGGGGGGAAUGGAUCGUAUGGGUCCCGGACCAAAUGGCCCCAUGGUCAACAUUCCUCCUAGCCUUUUGAACAACCCAAACAUCCCCAACGAGAUAAUCCAUGGUCUCCAGGCUGGCAGAAUUGGCAGCACUGUCUUUGUGGCUAAUCUUGACUACAAAGUGGGCUGGAAGAAGCUGAAAGAGGUGUUCAGCAUGGCAGGCAUGGUGGUGAGGGCUGACAUUCUGGAGGACAAGGAUGGGAAAAGCCGGGGCAUGGGCACAGUAACAUUUGAUCUGCCCAUUGAAGCAGUCCAAGCUGUCUCCAUGUUCAACGGGCAGCUCCUGUUCAACAGAACCAUGCACGUCAAACUGGAUGAGAAGUCUCUCCCUAAAGAUUUUGGACCACCAGACAGAGCAGCUGCUCUUCCCCGUGGCCUGAGUGGUAUUGGUUUAGGCCUGGGACCAGGUGGCCAGCCUAUUGAUGCAGCCCAACUCAACAGAGGAGGUGGUGCAGGGAUGGGCAACAUGGGCCCUGGAGGUAUGGAAGGAAUGGGCUUUGGCAACAUGGGAGGACGUAUGGGAGGAGGAAUGGACAACUUUGGAGGAAUGAACAUGGAUCGCUUUGGUUCUUCAGGAAUGGGAAGAAUGAAUGGAAGCUCCCUGGGAAUGGACCGGAUGGGCUCUGGAAUGGAUCGCCUAGGAGCCAGCAUGGACCGCAUGGGAGGAAUGGAUCGGAUGGGAAUGGACAGGAUGGAUCGCGUGUCUGACCUGGAUAGGAUGGGUUCUGGUUUCGACCGAAUGGGCUCUGGGAUGGACCGGCUGGGGCCCAGCAUGGACAGGCUUGGUCCUGGUCUGGAUCGUAUGAGCUCAAGCAUGGACCGCCUCGGCCCAUCUGGAUUUGACCGCUUAGGCCCAUCUAGCUUGGAUCGCAUGGGUGGUGGUGGUGGUGGUGGGGGCGGCAGCGGUGGCAUGGACUUUGGCUCCCCAAUGGGUAUGGAUCGCAUGGGCAACACCGGGCUUGACAGAAUGGCGAGCAGCUUCGACCGCAUGGGCUCUGCUGGAGGAAUAGACCGUUUUCCAAAUUCUGGUGGCCUUGACCGCAUGAGCUCUGGCAUUGACCGAAUGGGAUCUGGAGGUGUUGGUGGUCAGUUUGACCGUUCUGGUGACUUGGAUCGUGGAUUUGGGGGCAAUUCCUUUGGAGGAGCUGGAGCUGGAGGCCCUGGUGCUGGAGGAAGCAAUGUCAGGAAGGGAUGCCAGAUCUUUGUCAGAAAUCUGCCAUUCGACUUCACCUGGAAGAUGCUGAAGGAUACCUUCAAUACAUGCGGCAUGGUCCAGUAUGCUGAUAUUAAGAUGGAGAACGGGAAGUCCAAGGGCUGUGGUGUGGUUCGCUUUGACAACCCCGAAACUGCUGAGCGCGCCUGCCGGACCAUGAACGGCUACCGGCUGAAUGGAAGAGAGAUUGAUGUUAGGAUCGAUAGGAAUGCAUAAUUUGUGUGUCUGUGUUACAUCUGACAUUUAAUUUAGUUCCUGAUGUCGAUCUGUAUCAUUUGAACUGCCCCUGUGUGCUCUGUUAGAUAUUUGUAACAAAAAUUUGAUUUUAGUUGAGCCCUUUUCAGACAUGGGAUGCAUCACAUUAAGUCACUGCAUUUUGUCAUUCAGAUGUAGGUCAGUUUUACUUUAAUGGUCCUCAGCUUCAGACUGGUGACCUCACCGCUGUAGCUGAGAGACCUUACUGUAGAUCAGAAAUGAAAUUGAGAAAGAUUAGUGUACAUGUUGCUCUUGUUUAGAGGGUUGUCUAGUGAGCUAAGGUGACAUGCACAGUAGUAAUUUGCCUGUAUCCAUUAGUAUAACUUAUGUAUUCACUUGUGGUGUUACCUUUUAAGUUUUGAGAAAUGUCAUUCAGACAGGAAACCAUCACAUUCAGAUUCUGUCUUAUCGUAUGUCAAACCAAGUGCAUGUCUGAAAGGGACUUUAGUAAUCUGUUAACAGUGCAAGUGUUUUUGCUUCAGUUUUACCUUUUUAGAGGUUGAUUUUUAAUUUCUUUUUCUGUCAUGCUCCACCUGUCAUUGCCUUUGUUCUGUAAGGUGUUUUGAUAAAAAAUAAACCUCAGUAUUUGAAAUG